GAGGCGGCUGAAGUAUGGUUUUAGAAUGAUCUUUGAUUUGACCAAAGAGAGUUUUGGAUUUUGGAGGUGAGUGGCAGUGCUUGAGAGACUAAGGACCUCACAUCAUCAAAUUCACAUCGGGACGAACCAUCCUCAGCCGAUCACCACCGUUUCUUCAAACCAUGAUCACACGUGUGCCACCUUCAUCGCCUGCUAAUCCUUUAUACUACCACUCUCUUCUUACAAAAAGAAUCUCCAAUUUCUGAGGAACACUGAGGAUUACAGAAGCAAUUGGAUCGCUUUGGAAAUGCGGGCCAUAUCCUUAGGACUCACAGUCUCUUCAACCUCUUCUUCAUCAUCAUCAUCAUCAUCCUCCUCUUCUUCUUCUUCUUCUUACACUUCCUUGAGACCCUGUUCUUCCACAAACUUCAACCCCCACAAAUCUGCUUCUGCUCAUGGCGUCUCUCUUCUUUCUACCCCCAAAUCAGCCUCAGGUGCAAGAGUUUGUAAAGCGAGUCAAGUUUUUGAUUUAUUUCCAACUCUAACUCCUGAGAUAACAGUUAGAGAGGCAAGAAUAGAGGACUGUUGGGAAGUUGCUGAGACUCAUUGCAGUUCCUUCUUCCCAGAAUACUCAUUCCCAUUAGAUUUUGUGUUGAGGGUUGAUAGGCUUGUGGCUAUGUUAUCUGGAUUGUCUGUACCAAAUGGUUGUAGGAGGAUUUGUUUGGUUGCCGUGAUUGGUGGCUCAGAAAAUGAUUCGUUUCUUAUUGGUCCUGAUGAUUUCAAGAUUGGAGGAUUUGAUGGUAAAGUUAGUCUCAACAAGGGCUAUGUUGCUGGAAUAUUAACCGUUGAUACCGUUGCCGAUUUCUUACCGAGAAAAGGACCGAUGCGGCAAAGAAGGACAGGGAUUGCAUACAUAUCAAAUGUAGCAGUUCGUGAGCGGUUUCGACGCAAGGGAAUAGCAAAAAAGCUAAUACUAAAGGCGGAAGCCGAAGCCAGGAACUGGGGCUGCCGAGCGAUUGCAUUACAUUGUGAUACGAACAAUCCCGGGGCUACAAAGCUAUAUAGAGGUCAGGGUUUCAAAAGCAUCAAAGUACCCGAAGGAGCAAACUGGCCUCAGCCAAAGACCUCUCCAGACAUCAGGUACAGUUUCAUGAUGAAGCUUCUGAAAAACCCAUCCUCAAUUUAGUAACUUCAGAGGACAUUUCAACAUCAUUUUAAAGAUUAAAAUAAGUGGGGGAAAAGGGGUGCAAAAGAAACUUCCAUCUCUGAACGAAACAGAAAUGAAUGGUGGGAUAUCUUAGAACAGCUUGUAUAAAUGAUAGGAGAACUUUGGUUAGCUGAAUAUCUUGUAUUUGUAUUGUAUAAUGGUGCACAUUGCUCCCUUUGUAAACAUGUUGAAGAAAGUUUGUUUGUAUGAUUAAUAACAUCAUGUGGAAUUUUUAUA